ACCCGCCUUCAAAAAAGAUCCAAUCUAAACCCUAGAUUUGCAUUUUGAAAGAUCCGAGGCCCAAAACAUUUUGCCGACAUUUCGCAUCAUGGAUUCAAUUCAAAGUUCAAACCUCCGAAAAUUUAUGGCCUCAAGAGUUUCAUAGUCGUACUUAUGAAUAAGGUUCAUAAUUUCAUUGUUUGCGUUGCGUGUGUGAAUUGAACGAGACACCAUAACCCACCUUCGAUUUUCCCACCAGCACGACGGACCAAGCACUCGGGUCGAAUAAAUCCAUGUAGCUAGAGUUGGGGAUUGAAAAAGCUGCGAAAAUUUUCCAUUGACGAAGUCGAGGAACGAUUAGGUUUUCAAGAGCGAUCGUCUGAACUCCAAUUUCUGACUCUGAUUUGAAAUUCUUCAUCAGGGUUUUUGAAGCCGUAAGAAUCAAUUUCCGAAUUUCAGUUUUCAUCUCUAAAUUUAUGAAUUUCAGAAGUUUAGAUGAGUUCUGGGUCUUCUACAUGAACCAGCACUCCAAACCAUCGACGAGACGUUGGCACUUUAUCGGAACUCUUUCUGCUAUCUUCUUCUUCCUAUGCUCGCUACUGUUUAGCUGGUGGUUUCUGUUCUUUGUGCCAUUAUUUGGGUAUGGAUUCGCGUGGUACAGCCAUUUCUUCGUCGAGGAGAAUGUUCCAGCCUCGUUCGGCCAUCCAUUUUGGUCUCUUCUAUGUGAUUUCAAGAUGUUCGGAUUGAUGCUUACUGGGAACAUGGACAGAGAAAUAAAGAGGCUGGGAAAAAGACCUGUGUUGCAGGCGUUCUAAUUCUAAUUUCGUCUGAUAAGGAUUACCACAUUGUUUUUGCUUCCCUGUUGGAGAAUCAACCCACCCCCGGAUUGGCUGCUCCAGCCACAGUUCGCCGUUUGAGUCACUUCCCGCAGCUCUGCUAUGUGUUGGAUGCUUCUUUCGCUGCUUUGGAUGGUUUGAAGCCAUUUUCUCCUCCUCAAGCUUAGAAUUCUCUGCAGAGCAGCAUACUCAUGUUGGGCUCUGCUUUAUUUGGAAAAUAUAACCAGUUAGCAGAACUGUUUGGAAGGCUCCUUGAUGCUCUGUUAUGCAAUAUACUUCCAGAUUUGAUGCUCAAACUGGCUUACAAACGGCAGUGCAUCUAGUGGUAUUCUGUAAAAACUGGUAUUUAUGUUUAUGUUGUUCUAUGAAGUGCAUAAACAAAUUUAUACUUAUUUCUAAUAUGCUUUUUUUUUUGGAAACCAAUUCACAAACAAAAAUUUGCGUGAUUCUCUUAGAUUAUUACAAAGUUCGAAUGAAACAAAAGUUAGGUAUUUAGGAGCCUGCAUGCACUUAAGCCAGAUGUAUUCUAGACUUGGAAAAGUAACAAAAGCUCUGAAAUUUUCUA